AUGCUUGUACACGGAGGGUCAUUCAUCCUGGCGAGUCUACUGGUCUGGUUUCCAGGUAGAGCCAUUCCAGACGCCCCAGACGGCUACGCACCAGCCCAAGUCUCAUGCCCUUCGAGACGGCCAGUCAUCCGCAAUGCGACAGCACUGUCAGCCAAUGAAACAGUAUGGUUACAGCUCCGUGAUAACAACACUAUCUCAGCGCUGAAAGAUGUCCUUAAUCGAGCGGACAUCGGUGACAUUGACGUUGACGCUUUUAUAAACGGCCUCGUUGAUGACGGCGAUGCCUUGCCGCGAAUCGGCAUCGCCAUCUCUGGUGGUGGUUAUCGAGCCAUGAUGAACGGGGCCGGUGCCAUCGCCGCGUUCGACAACCGGUCCACAAGCUCCACGGAUAAGGGACAACUUGGUGGCAUUCUCCAGGCCGCCACGUAUCUUAGUGGACUGUCCGGAGGUAGUUGGGUUGUUGGAAGCCUGUAUGUGCAGAACUUCACCACAGUCGAGUCCAUCAUCUUUGCACAGAGCGGGUUUCUUGAUAGCCUUUGGCAGCUUGAUGAGUCCAUCAUUGAAGGUUUGUUGUACACAAGUCAGCUUGGGUGGUGUUUACUCACAUUGGUAAAUCUAGGGCCAGCAGACCUAUCCGUAACACGGUACUAUCGCGAGCUGUAUGAUGAUGUAAAGAGCAAGGAGGACGCAGGGUACAACAAGACCAUAACCGAUUACUGGGGAAGAGCUUUGUCUUACCAACUCGUCAAUGCCACUGAUGGAGGACCUGCAUACACUUUCUCAUCGAUCGCAAACGACACCGAGUUCACUCAGGCGAGAGCACCUAUGCCUCUCAUUGUUGCAGUGGAGCGGACGUCAGGCCAGCUUCAAAUAGCUGACAACUCCACCGUCGUGGAGUUCAACCCAUGGGAAAUGGGGUCCUAUGAUCCAUCACUUGGCGCUUUUGCUCCUCUCAAGUACAUUGGCUCUGAUUUUGACAACGGCACAAUCAGGCGUAAUGGGGAUUGUGUUGCCGGGGUAGAUAACGCCGGGUUCGUUAUGGGUACCUCUUCGUCACUGUUCAACCAGGCAUUUUUGCAGAUCGCCAAAGUCGAGGGUGCUCCGGAUUUCUUGAUCAGGGCUCUCAACAACACGUUGGCAGAUGUUGGCGAAGAGAACCGAGACAUCGCCAGCUGGCCCAACCCGUUCUACAAGUACAAUCCCGGAAACAACUCCAACGCCGAUAGCACCGUCCUCACCCUCGUUGACGGUGGCGAGGACCUCCAAAACAUUCCCUUGCAUCCAUUGCUCUUAUCGGAGCGCCAAGUUGAUGUCAUAUUCGCCGUCGAUGGUUCAGCUGAUACAACAACUCACUGGCCAAACGGUACGGCACUCGUGGCCACGUACCAGAGGUCAUCAGACGGAUUUUCGACUCAGAACAACGAGUUUCCCAAAGUCCCAGACCAGAACACGUUUAUCAACCUCGGCUUGAACAAGCGCCCGACAUUUUUCGGCUGUAAUGCAAGCACAGACUCGUCGCCAGGGCCACUUAUUGUCUAUCUACCCAAUGCGCCGUAUACCUACCAGUCCAACUUCUCUACCUUUGAUCUCGAAUACAGUAACACGGAGCGGAACGAGAUCAUACGCAACGGAUACAACGUCGCGACCAUGGGGAAUGGUACAGUUGACUCCAACUGGCCCGCUUGCGUAGGCUGCGCGAUAUUGGCUCGCAGCCUGGCGCGCACCAAGACCGACGUGCCCUCCAAGUGUGUCGAUUGCUUUUCGCGGUAUUGUUGGAAUGGUACGAUGAAUUCGACCAGGCCGAGCACGUAUGAGCCGGAGCAAAUUGUCGAAAGCGGAGCGCACAGCCUGAAACCGUGCUUGGCCAUGAUGGGAACUGCAGCCUUGAUAAUGUUUAUGACGUUUUGA